CUGAAACCCUAACUUCAGAGCAAGCUACUAUAAAUACACACGUCCAACUCUAAACCCUAAUUGAUCAUCGUUUCAUAAAGAUGUCGAAGCGAGGAAGGGGAGGUUCUGCGGGUAACAAAUUUCGAAUGUCACUGGGUCUGCCAGUGGCGGCGACGGUGAACUGUGCUGAUAACACCGGCGCAAAGAACCUUUACAUAAUAUCCGUAAAGGGAAUCAAGGGACGUUUGAAUCGGUUGCCUUCAGCAUGUGUUGGAGAUAUGGUGAUGGCUACUGUGAAGAAAGGAAAACCUGAUCUUCGUAAGAAAGUGAUGCCUGCUGUAAUUGUCAGACAACGCAAGCCAUGGCGCCGAAAGGAUGGCGUCUUCAUGUACUUUGAAGAUAAUGCCGGUGUUAUUGUCAACCCAAAAGGAGAAAUGAAAGGGUCUGCAAUCACUGGACCAAUUGGGAAGGAAUGUGCUGAUCUGUGGCCAAGAAUUGCUAGUGCAGCAAAUGCAAUAGUCUAAGAAUUUUCUUUUUCUUCACAAACCAAAUUUGUAAAACCCGAGCUGCCUGAGUUUUUUUGGUUCUGUUUGUUAUAUACUUGAUAACUUUUAGUUGUUGACUUUAUAUUCCAUUGGAAGGUGAUGAUAUGUUUAACAUGCUUGAAUGUCUUAUGAUAUUUUGCCC